AUGAAUAGUAUAUAUAAAAAAUUAAUAUGUAUUAGUCGGCAUAGAAUAAAGAACAAUUUUUUUUUAAUAAGUUAUGGUAAUAUAAAGGUAAAUGAAUUUAAAAUACAAAAGAGAGAUUUUUUUUUUUUUAAAAAUGAUAAAAAUGAUAUAAUUAAAAAUGAAAUUGAGGAAAUAUUAAAACAAGACGAUUAUUCAGUACUUACAAAACAUAAAAAAGUGGAACCUUCAAGCCAAAAUACUGUAGAAAACAAUUAUGGAAAUAAUAAUAAAAGUAGAGGAAAAAUAAAAAGAUUAUUUAUAUUUAUAGCAUUUCAAAGUAUACCAAUAAUAGGAUUAAUGUAUUUAUUUAAAUAUAUUGAAGAAGUAAAAUUAGCAGAAUUAAACUAUUCAUUUGAAACAUCUGAUGAUAUUAUAAAUGAGACAAUAAAAUUGAUAGAAGUUAAUCCCAAAUGUUAUUGUCUAUAUUCCAAUAAUAAUGAAAUUAAUACCUUUUUUAUUGAUCCAUUAUAUCCAGAAAAUUCAGAAAUAAAUUAUGAACAAGGAAUAAAUAACAAGGAGCGUAAUACUGUUACUCUUAUGACGAGUGAGAAAAAGGAAUCCGAAGAAAAGCCAUUAGCAAAUGGUCAUUUUCAGGAUAGUGAAAUGUCGAAAUUACCAAAUAAUGAAACAGAAGACAAUAAAGGAACUAUUGAAAGUCUCAUACAAUCAUUAAAUACCCCGAUUAUUCAAAAGGCUAUGGGAGUAAAAUCAUCAACUGAACUACCUUUAAAUUAUUUAUAUUUUUGUAUAUCCAAAAAUAGUGAUAUACAUAAUUUUUUAAAAAAUAAAAAUAAUAAUAUAAGUAUAUUAUAUAGUGAUGAUAAAAAAAAUGUAUAUGCUACCUUAACAGGUAAUGGAACAAUAAUAGAAAAUGAAAAUAUCAAAAAUAUUGUAUGGACAAAUAAAUGGGCUUAUCUUAUACCAGACGAUUACAAAGAUAAUUAUAUAUUAAUUAAAUUUACUCCAUCUCUAAUUUCAAUUAAAACUAUUGGUUUAAAAAAUACACAUUGGAAAAGUAACAUAGUUAAACGAGGGUUGGUUGAUGACAAAAUAUCGUGGAUUAAAAUGUAG